AUGAGUUCACAGGAUUCUGAAGCCCACCUCAAAAGGCGAAAGGCGAGGUCUAAGGAAAGCAGUUCUGGUGCUGGGAGAAGGGUAUCGGUUGAACAAGACGUGAAUACGGUGUCAUCAUCGAUAAAGAACUUUAUAUACCAGGAGAUUCUUCCCCAAACAGCCAAGGUAUUCGAAGAGGAACCAUGUGAUCAGAGUGAGAAGUCUGUUGAAUAUGAUCUGGAGCAGAUUGCGAACAUACUGAGGGUACCAUUCCAAGUCGAGCAAUUCUUUGUCUUUGCGAUAUUGACUUGUUUGAACUGCUUCUUGUAUUACUUUACCAUUAUACCACUUAGGGUAUUCCAUGUAUUAGUGGUGAAACGAGAUGGUCCUAAAAGAAUACGACAAGAGCUUCUUACUACUGCGAUGAUUCUUGGACCCUGUUCGAUAUUGAAUGUCCUUGACACCUCAAGAAUAUAUCAUAAAAUUAAGGGCCAAAAUGCUAUUAAACUAUACAUGAUAUUUCAGGUUCUUGAGAUGACAGAAAAGCUCUUAUCAAGUGUUGGCCUUGAUCUAUAUUCAAUUAUCAUGCUCAAGAAGAGUGCCAAACAUAAGACAGAGAUGGUAAUGCUAUAUAUUGCAUGUUGUUUAUGUUUAAGUUUCCACGCGUUGAUAUACAUCUACCAGAUUCUUGCCAUGAACGUUGCGGUAAACUCGUAUUCUAACUCCUUAUGGACGCUACUGUUGUCAAUGCAGUUUUCAGAGUUAAAAUCUGCAGUUUUCAAGAGAAUUGAUAAAGAAGGAUUGUUCCAAUUGACUAUGGCUGACGUCGUGGAAAGAUUCCAGUUGAUCGUAUUUCUAACGGUCAUUGCAGUGAGAAACUUUAUCGUAGCAAGAAAGAGCUUGCGCGAUGUUUUACCACACUCAUGGAAUGUUCAUUCUACACAGUCCUUGAUAGUUGGUAUAUUUAUAGGGCCGAUUGUCACAGUAAUUGGAAGUGAAUUGAUAGUGGAUUGGAUCAAGCACGCAUAUAUUAUCAAAUUCAACAGAAUCAGAGCGCAUAUCUAUGAAAGGUAUUUGCAAAUUCUUUCCAAGGACAACCUAUCCAACAGUAUCCAAUUCCAAAAGAGGUUAGGUUUGCCGUUCCCGCCACUAAUAGUAGCCUUCCUAGUACUGGUAUGGCCUGCCAUCAGGCAAACGAUCAAGAAUAAUAUCAUCUGGUCCACUGUUCUGAUAAUAUUUGGAUUCCUAUGGGCUCUACUCACAAAGCUAACACUUCAAGCAAUACUGUUGAGAUGGACGUUACAUAUCCAAAACAAACAAGCCAGCUUGCACCCAGAUCCUUUGUAUAUCAAUGGCCAUCUCUCUGCUGGAAGAGGAAUGAUGGAUGAGGAUGCCCGCAAAAUGACACACUCUAGCCAGACAAGAACUUAUUCACCAACAAUUACACCACCAGGAUCGCCAAAACUCGCUGCUUUUGAAAAGAAGGCAAGCAUCCCACCUAGCCUCAACGAGCAAAGAACCAAGAGAGAUCUGAAGCAUCCUAAAUCGCUAGAGUCCGUUGAAAGAUACAAGAUGGUAUCAAAGAGGAUUUGGUAA